AUGUCACUUGGACCUUGCAUCAAAGGAUUUCACAAUGUUAUCAGGCCAGUAAUAGCACUUGAUGGAACAUUUUUAAAAGGUAAAUGUCUCGGAACGUUGUUUGUUGCCACAUGCAAGGACGGGAAUAAUCAAAUAUACCCUCUAGCAUUCGGAGUUGGAGAUUCAAAGAAUGAUGCAUCAUGGAAUUGGUUUUUGACAAAAUUACGAGGAGCUAUUGGGCAUAUUGAUGAUUUAGUUUUCAUUUCUGAUAGACAUGAAAGCAUUCGGAAGGCUAUCUCCACUAUAUUUCCUAAUGCUCAUCAUGGGGCAUGCAUAUUCCAUAUAAGCCAAAAUCUUAAGAACCACUUUAAGCAUGGAAGAGCACAUUCGCUUUAUUUUAGAGCUGCUAAGGCAUAUCGUAUUCUCGAAUUUGAUUGUCAUAUGGUGCAAAUAUAUAAUGUUGACCCUCAUUUGGGUAAUUAUCUUCAUGCAGCUGGAUAUGAAAAGUGGGCUCAUGCGUACUUUAAUGGGAAGCGGUACAACCUAAUGACAACAAAUAUUGCUGAAUGUCUCAAUCCAAUCAUCAGAGAUGCUCGUAAGUUGCCUAUCACCAAUUUUAUGGAGUAUUUAAGAAUGAAUAUACUUCAAAAUUGGUUUCAUAAGCGUCAAACUGAGGCAACCAAAAUGGAUUCACAUUUGACGGAAUGGGCUGACAAGUUGGUUUCUCCUAUUGAGGCAUACUUAUUUCAUGUAUACGAUGGAAGUUGUGUUGAAGUUGUAAAUUUAGAGUGGAAGUGUUGCACAUGUCGAGAAUUUGAUCUUGACCAACUACCAUGUGCACAUGCUUGUGCUGCAUUUGGGGAUCAAACAGAUUGGGUGGUGCUUGAUGAUAUACGAGAUAGAAUUGUGCUACCACCAAUUACACGAAGAAGGCACGACAGGCGUAAGGAAAAGAGAAUCCCAUCACGAGGAGAAGAACCAUCAACACGUAAGUGUUCACGAUGUGGUUCAACUGGCCAUUAUCGACAAACUGGCAAGAAUCCGAUUGCACUUGAUCCUACCUCAUAG